UGGAGAUCAUGACCACAUUCUUACGUUUAGACUGGUGGACCCUGGAUGGCUGAAAGCAUUGGAAGAUUCAUUAGACAUCAGCCCAUUGCAAAAUUUGAAAAAGGAGCUAUUUAAACUAUACGACAACACUGCAAGCACAUUGUCCAUUCGGCUUGAUAUCGAUGAGGCACUUGAGAAAAUAUAUGAAUGUCCUAAACUUACUCUAAAAGAAAAUGGCAAAGACGAAGGGGACGAUAUAGCUGAAUUGAAUGACAUUUUUCAAAUCAAGGAGGGCACAUUGGCUAAAACAGUAUUUGUUGAAGGCGAGCCUGGGUCGGGAAAGUCUUCCCUUUGUAAGAAGAUUGUUCAUGAUUGGUGUGAAACUAAACGAGAAGGACGGACAAUCUAUACUCGGACACACACUAAAGUGAACGAACUAUCAAGUCAAUUUGAAUUUGUGUUUUACAUAAUUCUCCGUGAGGCAAAGAAAGAAUGUUGCAUAAAGAAAAUGAUAUUAAAAUUCAUCAUAGGGAGGAUCGGCAUAGACAAAACUAGCGGAGAAGAAUUGCUUGGAGAAAUCUUAAAAUCCAACACCUGUCUGCUUGUCCUUGAUGGUCUAGACGAAUGGCAGCACCCUGAAAGAUGCCAUUCGGGUGAAAGAAUUCCUCAUGUUCAAACAAGUUGGGAAAACUGCACCUUACUCAUCACCACAAGGCCAUACAAACUGGCUGAGCUGAAAAUAGGCCUCUCAAAGAUUGGCAAACACGUGAUGGUGAAUGGAGUUUCGAACCCAGAAAAGCUCGUCGAGAACAUAUUAUCUCGUUUGAAUGAUUUACCCAGUACAGGGAUGUCCCAUAAUCCAGAAGGCACAAGAACACUACUAAAUCACGAACUUUGCAUUAAGGAAAUACAAGAAAACAAUUUAUGGCAUUUCAGUGAAUGCCCCAUCGUGUUAGCUCACAUUGUUUGGCUUUCAUACAAGAGAAGGCUUUUGACAGAUAUGAAACUUUCUGAUCUAUAUGAAACGUUGCUAAAGGAACGAUGCUCUGAAUCGUGCGACAAGGAACGAUGCUCUGAAUCGUGCGACAAGAGCAACUCAUCUCCUAGAUCCAAAUACAAGGAAAUUAUACCCACCCUGAGCAAAAUAGCAUUUGCAAAGUUAUUUGCUGAAGAUGAAAAUCAAACAAUUGUAUUUGAAAUCGAUGCGGAGGAGAAUGUGAACUUUGAGAGUCAAAAAACUGCAUCUCUUGAAUCUGGCAUCAUAUCCUGCACCAAUGUUCCAGGUGAUUCCCCGCAAUAUUACUUCUUGCACAAAACUGUUCAAGAGUACCUAGCGGCGCUGUGUAUAUCAAAAGACAUUGCAAAGUGUUGUUCGCAUAUCAAACACACAUACAAAAAUAACAGAAGAGAAAGCGGAAUUAGUUUGUCUCAGAUUUUAAUUUUCCUUUGCAGUAUUGAUACAAAAGCUGCUGAAGAACUUUCAAAAGAAAUGAACGAGCUGUUCACGGACUUUUGUGAUAGAUAUGGUUAUCCUUUUUUUGAAGCGAGGAUGCUGCAGGAUACGAUCCUACAAGGUCAAAAAGAGCUAGACAGGAGCGACUACUCGGGGAGGAAUUUGUGCCUGAAACACAUCUAUGACACGAACGCAGCUACUGUUUUAAAUGUGAAGACAAAUCAAUCACGCCUAGUGUCAUUGGAAAUCAAUGAAAUUCUUACUGAGUACAAAGGUACCGACAACGUUCUUGAUUUAAAGAAUUUGAAGAGUUUGAAGUAUUUACGUCUUUGGACGAAAAGCGUUAAAGAUAUCAUUGGUUUGAAUUUGAGUCAUUUAGUAGAAUGCAGUAUAACGUUUGAAACUCCCCAACUAGCUCCGAACCUCACAUCAACAUUCUACAACAAUGAUAUUGAGUGCUUGCAAACGUUGAAAAAACUUGUUUUGUCAAAUCUGACGGACAUCCACUGGCUGCAUAAAGAUUCAGAACGAAAAGGAAUUCAAAAGUUAUUUAAGUGUAUGGUUUUGAGAAGACGGCCACAUAGAGGUUCAGAACAAAAAGGAAUUCUUGAUUUACGACGCCUUGGAAACCUUGAAUCAUCUUACCGAAGUUGGAUUGAACGGAAUAUCUUACUCAGAUGUGGUGAAUCUACCAGUGUUUAG